AUGACGGACAGAGAGCAUCUUCGUACUCGUGCUUCUGGAUUUUAUAUUGGUGACAUAAGAGGAGUGCCAUUGGGUUCCUUGGAAAUAACACAGAGUUUGGAAGAUGAUCCUCUACUGGAUGCACCACUUAUUUCGUCUCAUACAUUGCAUUCCCAACUGAGGCCAAAAUUUCAUGCUAUCCCAGCAGUUCUCCUUGCCAAUUUUCUAUUGCUAAUACAUGUUGCUUUUGUUGUUCUAGCAUUUUUAGCAGCUAUGUUUUGUUCUUACCCCAAUCCAAAUCAGGAUAAGUGCCCUGGAAACUAUACUCACCCACUUAAAGUGCAGACUGUCAUAAUCAUUGCAAAAGUAAUUCUGUGGAUUCUGCAUGUUUUCUUUGAACGAUACACCCAGUACCACCACAGUAAAGUCAGAAGCAGAGGUUACUUCUCAAUAUACCGAUCAACAAGACAUCUAAAAAGGCUUCCACUGCUGAUACACUCCACAGGUAAUGCAGCCCUGCUUUUGAUUCUGUCAAUGCAGCAUUCCUUUCCUGAUCACAGUAAAGUGUACCUGUAUCUUAUCCUGGGAGUCCUGGGCCUGGAGCUGAUUAGCUCCCUGACAUGCCUAGUGAUUUACACAGUGAAAAUAAGCAACUUCAAUCGUGCGAAGCCAAGACCUGACAUAAUUGAAGAAGAAAAGAUGUAUGCCUACCCUAGUCAUAUUACCUCAGAAAUUGGAUUCAGGGAAAAUUCAAGUUUAGAAGAGAUAGUUGAGAAGCAAGGAGAUGUAAUAGAGUAUCUUCAGCGACAUAAUGCACUGCUCAGCAAGAGACUAUUGGCACUAACAUCUCAGCAAAUCAAAACUUAACAGCAUUUAGAAAACUGCUAUUGGAGCUCUGGAGGGAACACAAGGCAAUACAAUAUCCAGACUGACUUGUACAUAUGACUCUUCUUCAAUCGUCUUUCACAUUUUGAAAUAGAAGUUAAGCUGGAAGAAUGAGCUCUGCAUACACUGUAAACCUAUUACAACUGGACGCUCUGGCUCUCUUCAUCUGUUCUGGAGCUUCAAGGAUUUUUAAUUCCUAAUAAUUGGUUAAAGUUGGACC